GUUGUUUUUUGGCAAAAAAAAACAUGCAAGUCAUAGUGUCAGAUAACGUUUUAUCUUUGUACACGACAGGUUUUCCAGUGAAUUUGACUCAUUUUCCACGGGUUGUGUGACUUAAAAAUCGUCAUGUCUGAUUAUCGGGAUAAAUUUGUUCUCCCUGGACGUUACCAACUGCGAAACAAACAACUUUGGAUCGAAUACUUCGAACUUGCUCGCAAAUAUAAACCCAUUGAUUUAGGGAUUGGUAGUCCCGAUUUUCUGCCACCCGAUUUCGUACUAGACGCUUUUAAAGAAGCGGCUGGUAGUACCAACAAUGAAAUUUAUCAAUACACUAGGGGAGCGGGCCACCCGAGACUCGUUGCUGCCCUUUCUAAUCUACACUCCACUCUGAUUGGUCGAGAAAUUAACCCUCACAGCGAAAUAAUGGCAACACUGGGUGCCUACCAUGCCCUAUUUUUGGCAAUAAUGGCAACCGUGGACACAGGAGACGAAGUCAUCAUCAUGGAACCAUUUUUCGAGUGUUUUGAACACAAUGUUAGAACAGCUGGCGGCAUUCCACGUUUCGUACCACUAAAACCAAAAGAAAACACAGACGGUACUCAAACGAACGACUGGGUUUUAGACUACGAUCACUUAGAAAGUCUGUUUAACACCAAAACUAAAGCCAUCAUUGUUAACACCCCACAUAACCCAUUGGGGAAAGUCUUCACGUACGAAGAACUGAGUCAGAUUGCCCGGCUUUGCAAAAAAUGGAACGUUGUAUGUAUUUCGGACGAAGUUUACCAAUUUUUGGUGUAUGGGUCCAAAAAACACGUGUCAAUGGCAAGUCUGCCGGAUAUGUGGGAAAGGACCAUCACGGUUUGUACCGCCGGAAAAAUUUUUGCUGCCACUGGAUGGAAACUAGGGUGGGCUUAUGGUCCCUCACACUUAAUAGCCAAUUUGCAGCUGAUUCAUUUCAGUAGUGUCAGGGCUGGCAAUACUUUUCUUCAGGAAGUUGGGGCCAUUUGUGUGGAAAAAGAGCUGGCGCGACUUGGUACCACCGAGAGUUACUUAAAAUCGUCAGCCAAAGACUUCGAGACCAAGCGAGACUUCGUGUACGACAUGUUGAGUAGUACUGGGUUAAAACCUAUUAAGCCCGAUGGCGGGUACUUCAUGGUCGCAAAUUGGUCACCCUUGGAGAAACACAUCGACUUGAGUACCGAACCCGACGAAUUCAAGGACUACCGAUUCACUAAGUGGAUGACCAAGAACGUCGGCGUUCAAGGGAUACCAAUCUCGCCUUUCUACAGCAAAGAGCACAAACAUAUAGGAGAAAACUACGUCCGGUACUGCUUUGUAAAAACGGACGCUUACUUAGAUAAAGCAGCACAGGCAUUUAGAAACUGGAAACUCCAAUUAAACUAAUCGUUCGUAAAUUGUUGUAGUACCUCAAGAUUUAUAAAAAUCGUACUUGUGUAAA